CAGAGAAACCAACUUUGUCAAAAAAAUGAAAAAAGGCUCAUAUCUUCCCACCUUGCACAUUUGGUGACACAAAGCUGACUCAUGGAGCUAAAAAGUUGAGAUUAAACCACUGCUCUUCUUCCCUUAUAUAUUGCCUCGAAGGCAUGCUCGUAUCGUACCAGAGCAAGUUUCGGGCAAGGGAGAGACGAACAUUCUAAAGCAUCUGCGAGCAAUGGAAGUGAAACAUAUCAGAGCGAGGUUUGGGAAGACGAGCAUGCUAAAGGAACAUGCUUUUGGGGCUCCGAUCAGCUCAUCAAAGUACGCAUUCGCGUAUAAGGACAGUUUGAAAGAACUUUUACCUGAUCCUGCUGCACAAUACCAACUGCUGCCUUCUCCGGCCAAUCAUUAUUCCAAGAUACGAACUGAUAGAGGAAAUUCAGUGAUUGCUAAGAUGAUCAAGCUCAGCAAAGCCAUGGAUGUCAUUGCACAAGGAAUCAGAGAGCAUGUGAGACUAGGGCCGAAAUUGAGUGAAACGGUUAAAGGAAAACUGAGUUUAGGCGCGAGGAUCCUGCAGGUGGGAGGAGUCGAGAAAGUAUUCAAGCAGAAAUUCAAUGUAACAGAUGAUGAGAAACUGUUGAAGGCUUCUCAAUGCUAUCUAUCAACGACAGCCGGGCCAAUAGCAGGACUCCUCUUUGUUUCAACUGAAAGAGUCGCCUUCUGCAGUGAGAGAUCCAUCAGAGUCUCAUCCUCAAAUGGAAAGCUGCUAAGAGCACAUUACAAGGUGAUGAUCCCCCUGAGGAAGCUAAAGAGAGCACAUGAAAGUGAGAACGCGAAGAAACCAGCAGAGAAGUAUGUGCAUCUGGUGACAGGGGACAAUUUUGAUUUCUGGUUCAUGGGAUUUCUCAACCAUCAGAGAACAUUAAAGUAUCUCCAACAAGUAAUCCACCAAGCAAGAUGAGAGUUGAGACACAAUGAUCUUUUUGGUUUUAACCUAGUACUAGUAUUUGUUGUUUCUUGUUUCUUGUUUCUUGUUUCUAUCCCUCAUCUUAGGAUGUGUAGUGUAGAUGCUAAUCAGGGCUAUACUCUCUAUCCUGUACAAUUUGUGAAAAGAUAUAAUCUAGUACUAGCAAUGAUCAAAUUCACUUCUUGUGAAAGAUCAAAA